ACCCGGCCAGCACGCUAAGUGACCCGAAUCAAACACACCUAAGAUGUUGUGUGAGAACAGGUGCAUGCUGGGUAUAGCUAAAUGCUAACACGUACUUGCUUGGCAUCUUCAUCCACUGAGGAACUUUUUUGUUUUUUUAUUUGAGGAGCGUGGUGGGAAAGAAAGUUUGAGUGGACUGGUGUGGUGAUAUGCAUCGAGACUGAACGAGCAGAGAAGUGUAACUGGAGCAGAUUGUGGAGGACGAUAUCGCGUUGCUCAGGGACGACCAUAGACUGUAACAGUCAAUGGGGACGACUCGCAAAAUGACGUUCAGACAGUUUCAGCUGCUGUGGUUCUUUUUGUCUCAUCUGCGGCUGAUAACUGGGUUGUCCCCAUGGCUCUCAGACCUGUGUUCUUAUUGUUGCUGUGGUACCUCACUUUGUCUGUUCAUAGAGUCACGUCUUUGUGCAAUGUCACCUGCUCGACGGACUUCAAGACUUCACUGAACUGUUCCUGCUCAGACUCUCUACCAACCUAUUCAUAUUUGGUCGAAGUCAUAUGCAGGGAUGAAGAGCUUGAGGUUAAUGGCAGCUGUGAAGUCAAACCACCUCAAUCCUGGUGCAUAAUGUAUCCGAAAAAUCUUGAGGAAAAUCUUUAUGAUGUUGCAGCCGUUGAAACCACAUGCACUGCUACAGUCAGUCAGGUAUUGAUGAAUACCAGUGAGUCAUCCAGCUGGUCACUGUGCAAUGUGGUGAAGCCUCUGCCUCCUAUCGAUGUUAAGGUGACAAACACUGACGGAUUCUACAACAUCACAUGGAGCCACACCAACGCAGAAGACUGUCUCACAUACAGAGUGCGCAUAAGAGAAAGCAAAGACUUGUCAAAGGGUCCAGCGCUUACCCAUUCAUUGACAGUAAAGUACAUUGAGCUAGACCAUAAGAACCUGAAACCACAUGCCAACUAUACUGUGGAUGUUCAGGCCAAAAUGUGCCCUGGGAAUGUCUAUCGUGGUCCAUGGAGCGAGUGGAGUUCCGAUGCAGAAUGGAGGACUAGAGGAACUUCUGCAGAGAUUGAAGGAAUGUAUGGCUGCUGGUGGUACAUCUCCCUGUCCGUCGUUCUUGUUCUUGUGCUCCUGUUGCUGGGUUAUUCACAAAAACCGUGGUGGCAGAAAAAACUCCAGCGGAUUAUAUACAUCCCCAGGCCAGAUGAGUUUUUCAAGCCCCUCGACCUCCACUAUGGAGGGAACUUCAAGGAGUGGGUGAAGCCUGUAUUCAGCGAGUACGAUUACCUAACGGUCAACUCCCAUGCUGAGAUGAUAAGCAAGAAGCAGCACGACGUCCUUCAAUGGAACGACGAGAAACAAAGCUACAGCAAGGACAACGAGAUGAAACAAAGUGGUCAUUUACUCCACAUGCUGCAGCCUCACAGCAACUCACUGCUGUUCUUUCACGACGGUGGCAGUUCCCAGGGCACCGGUCACUCCACCGGACACGUCUCCAUCCACACUGUGACCCUGUCUGGAGAAGAAGAGUUUGAGGAGGAAGUUGGGUCACAGAGCUCUGCACAGACCCUCAGAAGUUACCAAGACGGAGAAAGCUUUGGCUCAUUUGAGGAAGACAACAGAGAACACGCUGGCUAUGACUUAGAGGAACUUCAUAGGCAAAGUAGGAUAUUACCACAACAUGAAAACCAAAUAUCGAAUGACUUAUCAGUGGAAAAUAUAAACUUUCAGCCACGUGCCCAGCUUAAUGAACCAGAGAGGGUAUCACUUGACUCGUUGGCUUUAAACGAGCAGUCAGAAGACGGCUACCCUCACGUGGACUUGGACACUAUUGACAGUGGUUUUGGAGAGUGCAGCAGCCCUGGAGCCUCAGACUCAAACAUAGCACAGCAGAUGGACUCCAAUUUAUUUCAUGAGCACACAAGCUCAAAUUCUAACUACGUCAAACAGUGGAUGAUAUGUAGCACUAUUCAAGAAGACUGUAGCAAGUCAGAGAACGAACUCAACGAAACACAGUGAUUAGCGCUGCUGAUUAGCUGCCACAAUCUCAGUUUGCAGUGCUGUGGGACACAUAUUUAACAAUGGACAUUAUUGUUGACAUUUUAAGAAAAUACAUGUAAAUUGGAAGUAUCUGCUCAGCAUAUAUUCCUGUAAAUCUUGAAAUGUUAGUUGUGCAAUGUAAAUGUAAAUAGUCGGAUUUCUUUGUUUUUAAAACAUUGAUUGUGUGUUUUGCUUUUAAAAGACAGUUCAAAGAGGCAGAGAAUGACUGAUCAUUGAUCAUUUAAAGACAAAUAAAUAAAUAGAAUUACAAUUCACAAAUGUAAUCUUUUUAUGAUUUGCCUAAUUUGAAUGGAAAAUUUAAUUAAUCAAGUUAUAUUUUGCUUUGUAAAAUAUCAAUUUAUACUCUCACAAAGCACUGAGAAAGUCAAUUAUUAUGGGACACUCCAGACGCCAUAGACAUGCAACAAGGAAUAAAAAGUUUGCAUAUUGCUUUGAUUUAUACUGCUAAAGGAUGUAUUUUUUUUUGUUCUUUUUUUUUGCCAUUUGUGUCACUCAGCUUAAUAUUCUAAUGGACAUGCACGAUUCAUUAGCUUGUACUGUAGCACCAGCAUGCAUGCUGCCUUAUCACGAUGUCUGAUAACGUCUGCUGUCCCUGCACAUGCAUUUUUUGAGUAACCGCUGUAACCAUAUUUGCGUUUUUUUGCAAUGUUAGCAAAAGAGCAAACUUGGAGCAAAUUGUUAUCAUCUGUACACAAGAAAACAUUUUUUUUCCUGCCCUUGGCCUCAUUUAUCAGAAGAAAGUGGCGAAACAAAAGCUUUUUUACCUUCAGUUAUAUAGAGAAUGUUGGGGGAAUUUUGUAUUUAUUUUUUAACCAAAUUUCUUGUUUCACAUUUAUAUAGGUACUACGCAUGAACAACUGUGGGAGUGCAGUAUUUUACCAUUCUAUUGGGAAAAACAAACACUGAAAACAAUACAUAUUUUUUGUGUUAUGCUUUUCUGGGCCCAUGCUGGUUAAUUUUGCUAUUCCAGUGCAACUGCAGUUAUGACAUUACACCCUGAUAUUAAAUUAAUUCACAGUUCAGGUUUUUUCCAGGCUCAGAAUGGGCCUUGGGUCCCAAUUCCUCUAUGCAGAAAAAAGCCUGGAGUUUGAAGCUACUCAUUUACCAGGUUCUGGUUAAGUUCAUUAACUGAUAAUAUCGAACAGUUAGAGGAUUGUUCCCUACUCAAAGGGCACCUAAUGGUAGCUGUAGUGGGAAGGGGAAGUGGGUCUCAUUUACUUUAACAAGUCCAGAGUUUCCGUGACAGCUGAUGGUCUCACGGUGUUGAUUGUUGUUCAAGGGUAAUUAUUAUUAUUUUUCAACCUGGAUCCUUUUCCCCCAUGCAUUUGUGUUUAAUUAAUCAAUAUCCAUGACGUUUCACUUCUCGGAUUUCACUCUUUUCAGCCGGAUGUCCGUUACCUUCCGUUUUGUUUGUGUUGGAAUUUUAAACUCCGGUCUAUUUAUGAGGACUAUGGUUAACUGCUCCUUAGAUCUCUGCAGGGUAAAUCCAGACAGCUAGCUAGGAGAAGGGGGACGAUGACGCUGGCUGAGACGGAUUACAUGGACUUUUGAAAGAAAGUGAUAAAUAUUCACAUGUACAUUUAUGUAUAUGUGAAUCUGAGUUUUCUGUUGCACGACUUAAACAACUUUUGAACGUACACAUUUUCCACCAAAACAAGUUCCUUUCCGCGGCUUUUCCUGAUGCUUAUGCCAUGACGAUUGUGAUUGGUUUAAAGAAAUGCCAAUAAACCAGAGCACCUUUUUUCUCCCAUCCUGGAAUGCUGUGUGGACUAGCCAGACCCUCCUGUGCUGUGGAUGAGGGUCUGGCAAAGCGAGGCUAGUGUCUAAUACGUUAGGCCGGCACAUACGGGUACUUCGCUAAACGUCAAGGCUGCGCCCCCUUUUGGGAGAUAGAAAACAGACGAUCCCUUAGAAGUCAAUGCAAUGUGACGUGUGUUUGGAUCAUCAUUUUGACAAAUGUGUGUAGAUUUAUUUCUUGUUAAACAAAUGUUUGUUUUAUACACAUGGCUUAUGUUUAUUUUGUGACCUUGCCUGAACUUGAGUGUUCACAAUACCUUAAUAAAUUACGGUUGAUUGUCGUCAUGUC